AUGAAGGAGGACUGGGAGAGCCCCGUCUACCCUCUACUCUUCCGAAACCCACUGCCUAUUCCUCCCCAGAAGCAGCCCAAGAUGGUAGUCACUAAUCCGGUCACUGGGAAGGAGAUCUGGUACUAUGAACUUGAGAUCAAGCCGUUCUCGCAGCAGAUCUAUCCCACCCUGCGGCCGGCGCAGCUUGUCGGCUAUGACGGAAUUGCUCCUGGUCCUACGUUCAUCGUGCCUGUGGGGACAGAGACGGUUGUGAGAAUUCUCAACAGCGCCAAGGAUGAGACGUCGGUUCAUCUCCACGGAUCGCCUUCGAGAGCCCCGUUUGACGGCUGGGCCGAGGAUGUCACCUUUCCCGGGGAGUACAAGGACUACUACUUCCCCAAUUACCAGUCGGCCCGCUUCCUGUGGUACCACGACCAUGCUAUGCACAAGACGGCGGAGAAUGCCUACUUGGGCCAGGCUGGCGCCUACAUCCUCCACGACGACAAGGAGGACGCUCUGGGGUUGCCGUCCGGCUACGGAAAGUACGACAUCCCUCUCGUGCUGACUUCCCGUGUGUACAAUGCCGACGGCACCGUCAAGACGACUGUAGGGGAGGAUGACAGUCUCUGGGGCGAUGUCAUCCACGUCAACGGCCAGCCGUGGCCGUUCCUGAAUGUCGAGCCCCGCAAGUACCGCUUCCGGCUCCUGGACGCCGCCGUCUCGCGGGCAUGGAACCUUUACUUUGCGCGCACCAGCUCUCCGGACGCCAAGAUACAGUUUCAGGUGAUUGGCUCUGAUGCAGGCCUGCUCGAGGCACCCGUCCCAACUCGUGAGAUGUACAUCGCCAACGGCGAGCGAUACGAGAUUGUUGUUGAUUUCUCCGGCAUGGCUGGCCAGACCGUCGAUCUGCGCCACAUUCCUCAGUCUGGAGACAUUGCCGUGGAUGACGAGUACGAGCACACCGACAAGGUGAUGCGUUUCGUCGUGAGCUCCACCCCUGUCGUCGAUCCGUCGGUCGUGCCCUCGAGCCUGCGCACUGUCCCCUUUCCCCCAGACAAGCUCGAGCAAACCGUCGACCACCACUUCAGAUUCCACAGAUCCAAUGGGCAGUGGCUGAUUAACGGCAUCGGCUUUGCCGACGUGGAGAACCGCAUUCUGGCCAAUGUGCCGCGUGGCACCGUCGAGAUCUGGGAGCUCGAGAACAGUUCUGAUGGCUGGUCGCACCCGAUCCACGUGCACCUGGUCGACUUCAAGGUGCUCUCGCGCACAGGCGGGCGCACAGCCCUGCGCAACACGGUCCAGCCGUACGAGGCUGCCGGGCUCAAGGACGUUGUGUGGCUCGGCCGUGGCGAGACGGUCCGCGUCGAGGCCCACUACCUGCCUUGGACGGGCGUCUACAUGUUCCAUUGCCACAACCUGAUCCACGAGGACCAGGACAUGAUGGCCGCGUUCGACGUCAAGGCCGUUGCGGGCUUUGGCUACAACGAGACGACCGACUUUUCAGACCCCAUGGACGAGCGCUGGAGGGCAGUGCCCUUUGCGCGCUCCGACUUUGUCGGCAGGACGGGGCCCUUCAGCCCGGAGUCCAUCACUGCCAAGGUUGAGCAUCUGGCCGAGCAGCAGCCGUACAGCGAGCUUGGUGAUAUCCUGGCAGCACUCGGUGCGAGUCGCAGGUACCGCCGCUUCAAGCUUUGA